ACCGAGAGGCAACACAGUUGCAGUUCUGGGUGAAAGCAUGGAACUGACAAAAAGGUUUAGCUUUAAUCCCAAGGAGGGAAUUGACAAUCCAGCCAUGGUGACAGAUGACACAGAACCUGCAUCAAAUCCCUCUCCACGUGUAUGUGUGCUGAAGAGGAAGGAAGGAGAAAACUUUGGCUUCAAUCUGAACGUGGAAAAAGGGAGGAAGGGUCAUAUUAUCAGGCAGAUAGAUUCACAGGGUGUGGCAGAGAGGAGUGGGCUCAGGGAUGGGGACUGUCUGCUUGAAGUCAAUGAGAUGUUUGUAGACAACAUGGAACUCAAGGAGGUGUCCCGUAUGAUUCAGGUGAGUGGUUCACACCUUUGCUUCCUGGUGUUGGAUGGGCAGGUCUAUGAUCAGGCUGUGUCUGAGGGUCGUGACCUUAAAGAGCUGGCUAAAAUCAACCGUGGGGAAGGAUGGAGGCCUCCUCGCCUCUGCCACAUCACUAGAAAUGAUGUAUCUGGCUUGGGCCUCAAAAUACUGCCCUUACAGGGUAAGAAAGGCAAAUUCAUGAUAAGCCCAGUAAAUGGAGGUGCUGCAGAAAAGGCAGGGGUGAGGAAAAGUGACCGACUGGUUUGGAUCAAUGGUGCCAUUGCUUCUGAACUUACACAUUCUGCCAUCAGCAAAAUGGUGAAAAAGAGCAAUAAUGAUGUGACAGUGCUGGUGAUUGACAGCGAGAGUGAAAAGAGUUAUGCCCUUAGAAAAUUGCCCAUUCUGCCAUCCAUGGCUGAUGUUGACAGCAUGCCAUAUCGGCCCUGCAGACUGCAUCUGGCGUUGGGGCCUGAGGGGUACGGCCUUCUGCUUACGCAGGGAAAGGCUGGUGCUGGACGCAGCGUCCAUAUGCUGGGUGAGGUGGAUAAGGGCAGCCCUGCUGAACUGGGUGGUAUAAAAAAAGGUGAGAUGCUCCUUGAAGUGAAUAGGGAGUCCAUGGACUCACUAAGUCAUGAGGAAGUUGUCAGCAAAAUCAAACAUAGUGGGCAGCAGGUCACCCUCACAACCAUGCCACCUCAGGGCAAAGAAUUCUACACUAAGUUGGGCCUUUCUCCAUUGCUCUUCUGUUUGGACGUUUCAUCCUCUAGACCUGCAGAAAAAAAUAAAAUGCCAGUGACGCUUGAGCUUACAGCUCCCCCUGUUGAGACCAAGACGAAUGUGCAGAUCAAUCCUAAUAUUAGACUCUGUGUUCUAGAGAAAGGUUCAGUUGGCUUUGGCUUCAAUUUGGGUUGUGUCCAACAGAAACCUGGCACGUUCAUCAGCCAGGUAACAGCAGGAGGCCCAGGGGGAAGUUCUGGUCUCCUGCAGGGUGAUGCGGUGGUGGAGGUGAAUGGACAGAAUGUGGAGAACGAGACUGUGGAGGAUGUGAUCUUAUGUGUAAAGAGUGGAGGAAGAUCUCUUACUUUAUUAGUAGUAGAUCGAAGAGGUUAUGAAUGGCUGAAGAUGAAUGGAAAGCCAAUCACAGCUAAAAAAAAAAGCAACCUCUGUGGUGGACAGAAAUGUCUCCAAUGCUGCUAAACCAGCUAAAGAUGACUGAUGAUUGUCUGAUGACAUGGUCUAAUUCACCCAGAUGUAUGGACCAUUAAUAAAACUGCCCUGAUAAUGUUGAUGAUAUGAACUUAUGAAUUAUAUUUAAAUUGUUUAAUGGGGCUUAUUUUUGCAAUAACAACCGGCUGCAUGUAUAUUAUCCCUUACGUGAAACAUCAAAUGUUUGCUGUGAAUUUAUGGGUGUUCUGUUUAUUCCACAUUUAGGCUACUUUCACUUUAAGUUUAGCCAUAUAUUGAAGUCGUUUCAGCAUUCAUUCUGAUACAAACUAUGUUUCUUCUUAAAAAUGUUUAAAAAGUUUUUUUAAGUUGUGUUUUAAAUAAAUAAAAGAUCUAUUUAAUAAAUAA